GUCGUGCAAACUUCAAGUAGUUGGUACAACUCGGGAAAGGCUGCUCCGAUCAACCUCGGACCUUCAGUCUUCACCAUAGCCAUAGGCACAUGUUUCGCUACAGGUUGUGAAGGGUGAACCUCCCCUUUGAAUAGUCUCAGGAAGAUCUCCUGCCGGUCAGUAGUCAUUCCUGCUAUCUCGCGAGCAGUUUAUAGUUCGUCAGCUCAGCUGUAGGUAGGUCUACCUGGGCGUACCAAUUGGUGCAAGUGGAACUUGGAAACGACUUCCAGGCCGCUAACAGUAACACUGUGCUGAGGCUGAUUGCGUUCUUCCGUGUUUGCAGUACUUGCUGGUCAACGCGGUGAAAACCAGUGUGCCUCCACGUGACGACGCAUUGUUAGUUCUAUAAUUAAUUAUAAUUAUAGAUCCAGACUAGGCCUAAGGGCUGGAUGUAACCAAGAUAUGGCGCGGUUACAGCUUCUUGCUUCUCUGGCCGCGUUGGCCUUCGCUAGCCUACUUUCAGUGGCCCUCACGCAAAACUGCCAUGAUACACCUGAGUUCGAUUGCUAUAAUAACGAUACGUAUUGUGUAUCGAUAACAUGGCGUUGCGACGGGAAAAGGGACUGCCCAAACGGGGCGGACGAGGACGACUGUGCAUGUGGCGGUUUUCAAUUUCGCUGCAAUCCGGGUGUUGUACCAGCAGAGUGCAUAGGCGCCCUUCAACGAUGUGACGGCCAGAACGAUUGCAGUGGCAACACCGAUGAAGCCGGUUGUGCCGUGCAGGCGUGUAACCCCAUGACGCACUUCCAGUGUACAAGCGGCAGUAUGGAGUGCAUCCCCGUGGCCUGGGUGUGCGAUGGCUUGGUGGACUGUGAGAGCGGCGAUGCAGAUGAGAUGGGAUGUGGCACUGCUCAACCUGCACCAACUGUUACAUGUCGCAGUGGUGAAAUCAAGUGCACAGACGACACUCGCUGCAUCCCAUCUCAGUGGCGAUGCGACAAUCAGGUGGACUGUCCCGACCGAAGCGACGAGAUGAACUGCGGACCUAUAGCAAACAGCACGGUCUGCUCUAAUCCGACAUUCAUGCCUUGUAGCAACCAGAAGCAGUGCUUCCCAAAGCGCUUCUUCUGUGAUGGUGAGGUUGACUGUGUGGAUGGAAGCGAUGAAUCAACCGCCACUUGCGGUGGCACACUACCUCCACCUCUCACCUUCUCCCCAACACCCGUUUGUCCUUCUGGAAAUCUCGUCGACUGUGAUGGUGCUCCUUUGUUCCUUCUGCUCAGUGUCACCAAUGAGAUUCGUCUUAUUGAGUUAUCAAAUCGUACCAACCAGAUUUUCAAUGCCAUUGUUACCGGUGGCCAGGAUAUCAUCCCCCUGGGUUAUGUACACAAUGACAACGGUGUCAGCAGGGUCUACUAUGCUGACUUCACAUCAAAUGAAACACAAAUCCACACCACCACACUGGACUUCUUAGGUGGUUCGCCCGGCGGCACCGUUCCUAAAAGAUUCCUGCAGGGUUACACUGGUGAACCUCGAGGCUUUGCUGUUGAUUGGAUUUCCAAGCUGCUCUACUGGACUGCUACGAACCCAGGUGGACGUGCCACGAUUGAGGUAGCUCGUCUAGAUGGCACGUGGCGUCAGAUUGUCCGAGUGCUCGAUGAGAAUGUCGUCCCCGGUCACAUUGUUGUGGAUCAUUUGCGAGGAUACAUUUUCUGGGCUGAGCGCUUUGUAACACCUCGUGUCAUGAGAUCUGAUGUGUUUGGCAAAGAUGUCUUUGUCGUGUCACCGCAACGCAACGAACCUUUGGGCACGCCGUCUGGAUUGGCCAUCGACGUAGAGAAUCACCGCCUGUACGUCUCAGAUCGUUUGAAUGGUAACAUCGAGAAGUUGAGCUACUCCGGUUCUCGUGAACUUCUGCUUGUCCGCGAGAGAGUGGAUCGGAUCCGCUCACUGGAGUUCUAUGGUGAUGCACUGUACGUCACGCAGCUAGGCGCAACCAAUGUCAACGAAGGCCAGCUCCUCCGUGUCGGUCUUCGAAGUGCAAACCCAGUCCUGGAGCAGGUCCGCAGCACUCUGCACGACCCACAGGAUGUGCGCGUGGUCUUCGCAGCGGCUCAGGCUCCAAAUCCCUCACAUCCAUGCAGUGUUGACAACGGUGGCUGCGAGGGGCUUUGCUUUGCCUUUGGAUCCACUGCCGCCUGUUCCUGCAACCCCAAUCCCACGAAACCGUUCUUGGCCAGCAACCGACGCAACUGCUCAGCAGUUCCUAAUGUGCGUACCACGCAGACAGGUCAGGUGAACCUUCCCGAGGGCAGCAAUCUCUCCCUGAACUGUUCUGUCACCAACUCUCCCUACUUGGACGUGGUCAGUCUCAUUUGGACGUUCGACGGCAACGAUAUCCGUAACGCCUACGUGCAAGUGAAUGAUGGCCCGAAUACCGUAUCUGUGCUGUCGGCAAGCAACCUUGGUAGCAGCGGGACAUACCGGUGUGUGCUGUCGUACCGACGCAAUACCAUGCCAGGAACUACAUCCACCGCUGGUGCUAGUCUGUUGUCCAGCUCUGACGCUGUCGAAGCCAAUUUGCACCCUGUUUCAAGACAUCCGAUAGCCACAACAGCAUCUACAGCUGAUGAACGCCCAGCUUCGACCCCAGGACCUCCAAUAACCGCAACAGCAUCUACAGUUGAUGAACGCCCAGCUUCGACCUCGGCCAGCACUUCCAGCACAUGCGACUCCUCCAACACCACCACCACCGUGACCAUCAUCAUUGCCGUCGUCAUGUCUGUGAUGUUGCAGGCCUCCUGGUUAAUACUAUAAUAUGGCAUUGUACUAUUAUAGUAUACUGUAAAAGCCAUUAUUCUAACUCUGGCGCAUAUAUAACGAUUUCCCUAAAUUGACUAGUUUACGUGUACCAAAGGUAACGAUUCUCACUCAUUCUCAACGCUCAAUAGGACAAUAGGACAGUAUAUGUAUCGAUUUCUGUAUAACGAUCUCUAUUUUAGCAACAGAUUUCUCCUCGUUAACUCGUUAGAGUUAGCACACAGAAAAAUGGACCAAGGAACUACAA